AUGCCGGCCAUCAACCGCGAGGAGCUCGACCGCCGUGUGGAGCAGAUCUACGACCAGGUGGUUGCCUGGCGCCGCUACAUCCACGAGAACCCGGACCUCUCGUUCGAGGAGCAGCCGACGGCGGCCUACAUCAUGGGUGAGCUGCAGAAGAUGGACGCGGAGGGGAAAUGGCUGCACAUCAGCCAGCCUGAGAGCAACUGCGUCGUUGCUGACCUGAAGGGUGGCGCUGGCGACGGCCCGACUGUUGCGCUGCGUGCGGACAUCGACGCGCUGCCUGUGGAGGAGCUGACGGACGUGCCGUUUGCGUCGAGGAAGCGGGGCGUGAUGCACGCGUGCGGCCACGACACGCACGCGGCGAUGCUGCUCGGCGCGACAAAGCUGCUGCUGGAGGAUGCGGGGCGGAUCAAAGGCACCGUGCGCCUGCUGUUUCAGCCUGCGGAGGAGGUGCCGCCGGGUGGCGCCAAGAUGAUGAUCGAGAAGGGCUGCAUGGAGGGCGUGGCGAUGGUGUUUGCCGAGCACAUUAUGCCGGAGGAGAAGGCUCCUACGGGCACUGUUUUGGUGAGGAAGGGCCCGAUUCUCUCCAGCAGUGACACACUACACGCGGAGAUAGUCGGCCGCGGUGGGCAUGCCUCGAUGCCGGAGAGCUCUAUCGACCCUAUUGCCAUUGCGUGCCUUGCCGUAACUGCCCUUCAACAGGUGGUAUCGCGCCGCAUGCCGCCGUCCAAGUGCCCAAUCGUGACCAUCACCGCGAUAGCCUCUAGCUCUGACAGCUACAACGUGAUCCCUGACAGGGUGACGCUGAAGGGCACGCUGCGCUGCACGGACAAACAGGUGCGGGUGGAUGCCAAAAAGGCCGUCGCUGACGUGCUUCACGGCAUCUGCGGAUCGUUCGGUGCGAUGUGCGACUUCAAGUGGCUCCCUGGCUACGAUGUGACGGUGAACGCGGACAGCGCGUACGACGUGGGGAUGCGAGUGCUUACGCAGGUGAUGCCCUCUACAGACCACGUUGUGGAGCUUUCCGCUUGCAUGUCCCCUUCAGAGGACUUCAGCGAGUUUGCAAAGGUGGCACCUGCGAACUACGUGGGCAUCGGGUGCUACAACCCUGGGAGGGGGUGCACUGAGGUGAACCACAACGCGAAGUUCAAGGUGGAUGAGGAUGCGAUGAAGAUUGGUGUGAAGGUGCACUAUGGCACUAUCCACGAGCUGCUCAUGCAGUGA